CUAAUACUUGCUUUGUCAGGUAUAACAAGUAAACAGCACGGGCCUUAAGGUUAACUGGGGUAUUGUGGUCAUUUUAACUCUAGAAAUAUACACUCCAAGGCUGUGAAUACUGAAGAACUAGCAAUCUACCCCAAAGAAGGGAACAUUUGUCUUCUUCUGCUUCAGUCAACAGUGAGAGAAAUACAGUAUCUUGUGCGCUUAAGGAAUAAUCACAGACGAUGGAGAUGCUGAUUCUUGCUUUUAUUCUGUGGAUUUCAUUUUCCUCCCAAAGUUAUGAAGGACAUGCCUGGUCCCCAUUAAAAACACAUCACAAGAAUCAAGUCAGACAUCCUCUUCCCAUAGGACAAAGAGUGGAUGGAUUUCUACCAGUUGAUAAACCAGCCAGAUAUUAUUUUGCAGUGAAUGAGAGCUACAAAUCCCUCACAAUCAGGGUGACCCCAUGCGAGUACCUUAUAUACUGGACUCUCUCUUUUCAUCCUUCACCUAACAACCGAAUUCUCUUGGCUGCCUCCUCAAGAGAACCUGAAGGUUAUACGGGACAGCUAGGCCCAAAUAUUCUGAAAUUGUUUUCCUUUCAAGGGAAUGGUGAAGAAUCAUUUUCCACAACUACAAUCACUGGUGGUUUAUAUCUUCUAGAUCUAUAUUCACUUGAGUCUGAUACCAAUUUUCAGAUCUUUGUCUGGGAAAACAGAAAUCAUGUUGCCCCCUUACCUCAGCUUCCCUCAGACCCUCGUGUAGAUGUUACUUCUGUAGAGGAGGAAAAAGUACAACUAACCUGGAAACCAAGCCUGGGAACAGUUGAUGAUAAAACCAAAUUUGAAUAUUGUGUUUUUAUAAAUAAACAUUACAACUUCAAAACAUUCUGUGCCACUUUGCCAAGUACUGAUAAACCCCCAUGGCUUCACUGGGAUGAAAAAUAUGUCAAGAAAGAUAGAAGAAAAGAUGUCAAAGUAAAGACCGAAAACCACAAAAAGAAAGCUCACGUUUCUCAAAACAUUUUUAAUGGUCACGAUAUGGAAAGCAAUGUCAAUAAUGAUCUUUGGUCUACCAAAACUUUAGUGGAUGGACACAGAAUGUGUGUUGGACAUUGGACUAAUGCUACUAUAACAGGAUUAAAGCCUAGAACACUCUAUUACUUUGAUGUGUUUGCAAUUAACCCAAAGGAUGGAACGAGUGCCGCUUAUACUGGAACAUUUGCAGAGACUAAAGUAAAGCAGAAAAUACAUCAUGUACAACAGUUGCAAGAUGAGGAGAUGGCAAACAUCUUCCUCAAAAGUAAAGGUCUAAAAAUAAUAAGUAUGUCUACAUCAACUCGCGGGUACAGAUGGCUCUUUGUUCACUCAUGUCUUCAUAAAGUACACCUUCAAAUCAUCGCAAAUGGGGUUACUACUAUAUCCCGAAUCAUACAAGGGGCUCAUAAUUUAAAACUGAAUGGAAAUCCAAAGGAUUAUUAUGUAAUAACUCUUAAAUCCAGUAAAGGUGGUACAGGCUUGGUGAAGCUUUUUGCAACAUCUACAAUUCACCAUUUGCCAUUCCCGAACUUAUCACCAGACCUUAGCAUGUCAGUCUCAAACAUAUCUUGCUCAUCAGUCACAUUGUCCUGGGCUGGUCCUGGACAAAAGGUCAAGUACUGUAUUUAUGCUAGACAUCUUGAGCAAAACCUAGAUCUGAAGCUAAUCCACAAACAUCAGAACAGCUGUCUGACAACUAGCACCCGCUCCAGAACUGAAAAGAUAAUUUGCAGACAAGGAGGUCCUCAAACUCUGACAGAAGAACAGGUUACAGACCUAAAGCCUGGGAAAUCAUACCUUUUGGAUUUGUACUUCAUAAGUCACCAUAAUAACACAAUCAAGUUUCCCAGCCGUGUAGUAAGAACCCAAGAGAGGUGCACUUGAAAAUUGUUUUCUCAGUUCUAGGACAUUUUGUAUUUGUAAUAUAUACCUUGUGAGCACUGCAAGAGCACUAUAGGUUGGGUAGUGCAGAGAAAAUACUAAAGUUUGUGCUUUCUCAGUAGACCAGAGAGACGAAGAACCACCAAAAAUUUGUUAAUGAAACAAUUGUUAAGCAAAACAAUUCUUAACUGAAAAAAAUAGGAAACUAUUAACAAUGAAUGUUCCUGUGCAUAAAAAAGGGUUGUUUUUGUGCUUGUGUGCUUUUUUUCAUGUCUACCAAAGGAACUGUGGGAUUUCUCCAUAUCAGCCAGUGAGCAACAGAGACCUAAGUAAAAACAUUGAACAAAUAUGUAUUUCCUGAAUUUUUUUCAAUAUCAAUUUAAACAGCUUUAGCUUAAAGGGACACUGAACCCAAAUGUUUUCUUUUGUGAUUCAGAUAGAGCAUGAAAUUUUAAGCAACUUUGUAAUUUACUCCUAUUAUCAAAUGUUCCUUAUUCUCUUGGUAUCUUUAUUUGAAAUGCAAGAAUUUAAGUUUAGAUGCCGGCCCAUUUUUGGUGAACAACCUAGGUUGUCCUUGCUGAUUGGUGGAUAAAUUCAUCCACCAGUCAAAAACUGCUGUCCAGAGGUCUGAACCAAGAAAAAAGCUUAGAUGCCUUCUUUUUUAUAUAAAGAAAGCAAGAGAACAAAGAAACAUUGAUAAUAGGAGUAAAUUAAAAAGUUGCUUAAAAUUGCAUGCUCUAUCUGAAUCAUGAAAGAAAAAUUUUGGGUUCAGUGUCCCUUUAACUGUUUUCAUACAAAAAUAUGUUUAGAGUGUUUUAUUGCUUUUUCUUAGAUAGUUAUUAAUGGUUUUAAGGAAAAUUAUAAAGGAAGUGAAUAUGAGGCAAACUGUAAUACAAAAGCAACAUGACAUCUUGCACCUUAGUAUUAUAAGAAGAUACUUUCUGUAACAAACAAGAUAUCACUCUUGGAUAUCACAAUAUGUAGUAUAUAAAUAAAUAUAUAUAUAUAUAUUUGUGUAAACACAGAAAGGGCCACAUUUGCACCUCAUAAGAUAAAUAGAGAUUCAAAGGUCAAGGGACGUAGGUUGGGUACUUGCUGCUUUCUUAUAUACAUAUUAUUUAGUUUAAGGUAAUACGUGCUGUAAUAUAGCUUCAAAUGAUUAAUUAACUGCUCAUACUGACUGUUUUGUUUUUUUUAAGACAAUAUUUGAAAGGUGGGCAAUAAUUUUGCUUGUGGUGGCCUAGUCAGUGGACCACGGCUACUUUGUAAUUUAUACUGGUAGCAUAAAGGCAAAUUGUCCUUACAAUUUUUAAUAAACAGUUUGAAAUGAUCCAUCACCACAUCGAUGAUGUAGAGAGGGGGCAACAGGGGGAAAUUUUUGCUUUUUAAAUGACAUAAUAUUAAACAUUUGUCAACAUAUUAAAAUUAUUAUUGUAACAUCACUAGAUUACUCCUCAGUUAUGUAUGAUUUUCUCUCCAAUGAAUAUGCUUAAAGGGACAGUAAAGUCAAAAUUAAACAAAUAAAUUGGAUAGAGCAUACAUUUUAGACUUUCAAAUUUACUUCUAUUAUGAAUUUUGUUUAGUUCUUUUGGUAUACUUUAUAAAAGACUAAUCCAAGGUGAGCUCAGGAGCGUGCACGUGCCUUUAGCCAUCUGGCAGCAGUGUUUGCAACAAUGUUUAUAACAAAUAGUUGAAAACACUACUGCCAUAGAAUGCUAAAGAUAUGUGCACCCUCCUGAGCUCCUAUCAGCCUACUCUUCAACAAAAUAUACCAAGAAAACAAAGUAAAUUUAAUAAUAGUAUUAACUGGAAAGUUGAAACUGGAAUCUGAAUUAUGAAUGUUAAAUUUAGACUUUUGACUGUCCCUUUAAUUUGUAAUGUGCCUUUAAGUACAUCUGUGGUAUAUGGAGAUACUAUGAAUGCAUUAUGCCUACAACAAAAAUAUUGCAUGAGUAUUCAGGCAAAUACAAUUAGCAUUGUAGCUCAGUACUGGACUAAAAGUACAGCAUUAGGGGUAGAUUUAUUAUAGUGCGAGCGGACAUGGUACGAUGUAGCGUACGCUGUUGGUAUUUAUCAUUGCACCAGCAGUUCUUGUGAACUGCUGGUGCAAUGCCGUCCCCUGCAGAUUCGCGGCCUAUAGGGUGUUAAUCAACACGAUCGUAUUCAAUCAGGUUGAUUUCUGUCUGCUGCCUCAGAGCAGUCGGACAAGUUAUGGAGCAGCGAUCUUUAUAAAUCGGAGCUUGAUAAAUCUGCCCUUUGGUAUCAUAAAAAAAUAUUUAGAUAUAAUUUAGAUAUAAUUAUUCACAAUUUUUGUUAGUCAAAAGGGCAUUGACACAGAAUAUAUAUAAUGACAGCAAUACCAUUAAAUAUGUUAAACAAGCAUUAACUGUCAGUUCAUAUUUCUAUGUAUAAAAUAGAAAUGUGCAUUUUUAUUAUAAGGUGUUGACAUUAAUUUCACCUUGAGUCCAGAUGUAUCUUGCAUGUUGACAUUCGCUCAUGAUGUUACAUAGAUUCAUCAAGCCCCUGCGGCGGCAAGUUCUCACAAGAACUUGCUCGCCGCGAUUUAUCAAGCAGCAGUCACCAGACCACUGCUUCCCUAACAUCUUCGCCACCUCGAUUGUGGCGAAAUUAAAUCUCCUCGGUCGAGUCCGACCGAGGAGAUUGACAGCUCCUGCCCGCGCGUGAUUGGCUGUGCGCGGGCAGGGGGCGGGAUUGCACCCGAGCGCAAAAGGUUAAUUACCUGCGGGUAAUUUUGCCCCGCCACAGGCGAGCUGAGGCGUAUACGCGCCCCUGUACGCCUCAGCGUUGAUAAAUCUAGCCCUAAAUGUUGUAUUCAUAUUAGAUAGGUAAUUAUUAAGAUUUUCCCACUGCAGUCCAUCAUGCGUAUCUUUGUCUAAUUAAUCCUCCUUACACAUUGAUCCUCAACUCCAGAUUUCUGUCUGCCAGUCCCCCUGUUGGCUUCCCUUAGCUUCAAGAAUACAAAUAAGUAUUGAGUGCCACAUACAAAGCCCUUAUUAACUCUGCACCCACCUAUGUGUGUACCUGUCUGUAAAUGAUCUCCUACCUACCCCAUUCAAUCAACCCAAGUCCUGUCUUGGGCUGACUUUUUUUUUAUGGUAGUCUAAGUCAAAUAGUAGGAGUGGACUUAUGCUUCUCUGGAGUCAUUAUGUUCAUAAUUAUGGAUCAUUAACACAGAAUUUGUUAUUUUCUGCAUAUGAUUUAUGUCUCAAGAUUCAUAAUUUUGUAAUUCAGGAUUUUAUGAUAGUAUAAUUGCUUGCUGGUUCUUUAUUUAAACUCUAAGUGCCUCCAAUACAUUUUUUAACGGUAUAAAGUAAAGAUGGGUCCUGUAGUCCACCAUAAAUACAAUAUUUUUCCAUGUCCUUGAUAACUGAGUAUCAAGAUGUAUCAGUGUUGUAAAAAAACGCACUGUUUUUUUCCCAUUAAAUUCAUAUUAGAUUGUUACACUCAACAUAAAAAAUUAUGUUAUUCUAUUGAAACGUUAGAAUGGUAAACUGAAUGUCAAGGGAAACAUUUCUUUAACAAAUCUUAUUUAUAAAAAAAUUGCCUGUUCCUUAUUUAUGACACAUUAUAAGGUUUCAUGUUGUUUGCAUUGUGUGCAUAGGGUAUUGUGUUGAUGCUCAAAAAAUGUGAUGGGUUGUUUGUGAAAUAAUAUUUUAAAAAUUCUUUUCAACUACUCAUCCAAAGGGUUGCAAAAAAACUCAAACUUAUACAGUUAUUCCUUCAUUUUUUGAGCAUUCAGGAAUGUUCAUAAAGAAAGAGCAUAUUUUGAGUUCUCCAGUGUAAUAUUGCUUUUUGCUGUAGCUAUAACUGGACACCCAGUAUUACAAUAAACUAAUCAUUAAUCCUACAGCCACAUGUUUGGUGGUCUAAUGAGUUGAUCUUCUACUCUGUGACCGCAAAGAAACCAAGUAAAUGAUUACUUUAUGUUUUCCAUGGGCUUUAUUGUUAUUUCAUCACAUCAGUACCUGCUUUUUAAAAAAAUGUUUAGAUCGAUAAUACAAAUAAUGGUAAGUGUAACAUUUUAGGAUUACAAAGAAUAGAGAUCCUUCUGUCUAUUGUAGUGUCACAGCGACCCCUUGUGGCGAAAUAGGAUUUCCAAUAUUAUGAAAGCCCGAAGGUAAGUUACACUAUGCAAUCACAUAUAGUUACGAUAAGACAAGAAUCAAUAUGUAAAGUGGAUGAUAAUUGUCAUAAUUUAUAUAUAUAUAUAUACUGUACAUAUAUAUUAUACUUUAACAUUCAUAGCAUGUUCUUAACAUUUGACUUUACUAUUGGUGGGUUGACCUUUACAAAGCCAAAUUUGAAUUCAAAUGUAAUCUCCAGCUAAUGUUUCUCCAGCUGUGCAAAGUGGUAUUUUCAAAUUGUUUUCUGAAGAUUUCAUAUUUUUUAGAAUUAAUAUUAAGAAAUGGUCAUGGGUAGACUAAAUAACCACUGCUAAGACCAUUAGACCUCCUUUGCAUAAGGGGCUAGACGUUAGGCGGAACAGCAUAUAUCUUUUCUUCAUCUCUGCUAGUUGUUUUCUUUUCCCUCUUGUUAUGGUUAAUUCACCUUGUGAUCUUUAGAUAGUUAUAUAGGAAAUAUAUGGUAUCACUAUUAUUGUUAUGUAGAUCUUAUAUUAUCCAAAGAUACAUUUUUUAUUAAUUUAGUCUUCUUUGUAUUCUGUGUCAAUAGGUACAUAAGAAAUAGUGUGUGGUAUAUAACAAAGAAUUGCCAUGCGGUUAAGUCUGUAUGUAUUUUGUAAGAUUAUGAAACUCUUAAUAAAAAAGAUUUCAACAAAA